UCCUCUCUGUUUGAUCUGCAGGCUGUAAUCUACAAACGCUCUGAAGAAGAGAAGGAACCAAGAGCAUCGCAAUGAUGCUGUAAAUGGCCUCGGUCAGAAUAAAAACACUGGCGCUUUGAGAUCUGGAGGUGCUGCUGCGCCUUGCUGCUCUUUCUUUUCAGUGCCGCCACGAUCAAAAGCUGACCGGACCCUGACCAGAACCCACAGGCGGGACCGAGACUGUGUUUUGCCCGGGGAUAUGUCAUUGGGGAGAGCCCCUGUGUUGGGGGUGCGCCCUGUGCCCCGACCUCUCUGGCUGUCCCACCUCAGCCUCCUGUGCUUGUGCGUGUCUCUCUUUGUGGAGGCGCCCCAGGGUUUACCCGCGGUGGGUUAUAACACUGACUCCAAGAGGGAGAUCACAAUGGAUGGAGAUCUGAUGAUCGGCGGCCUGUUCCCCGUGCACCAGAAGGGCGAGGGGGCAGAGGACUGCGGCAAGAUCAACGCUCAAAGAGGGAUCCAGAGACUGGAGGCCAUGCUGCUGGCGCUGGAUGAAAUCAACAGGGACGAGCGCAUCCUGCCUGGGAUCAGACUCGGAGCUCAUAUACUGGACACGUGCUCGAAGGACACCUACGCGCUGGAGCAGUCUCUGGAGUUUGUCAGAGCCUCCCUCACAAAAGUGGAUGACAGUGAAUACACAUGCCCCGACGGCUCCUACGCCAUCCACGAUGAUGUCCCUCUGGCCAUUUCCGGCGUCAUAGGAGGAUCCUACAGCGACGUCUCCAUUCAGGUGGCCAAUCUGCUGAGACUUUUCCAGAUCCCUCAGAUCAGCUACGCUUCAACUAGUGCCAAGCUCAGUGACAAGACCCGCUAUGACUACUUUGCAAGAACCGUGCCUCCCGACUUCUACCAGGCCAAAGCUAUGGCCGAAAUCCUGCGUUACUUCAACUGGACAUACGUAUCGACUGUGGCGUCGGAGGGAGACUACGGUGAGACUGGCAUCGACGCCUUCCAGCAGGAGGCUCGAGCCCGCCAGAUUUGCAUUGCGACUUCAGCCAAGGUGAGCCGCUCCAUGAGUCGCUGGAGCUACGAGAACGUGAUCCGCUCGCUGCAGCAGAAGUCCAACGCCAAAGUGGUCAUCCUGUUCACGCGCAGCGAAGACGCCCGCGAGCUGCUGGUGGCGGCCAAUCGCAUGAACGUCACCUUCACCUGGGUGGCCAGCGACGGCUGGGGAGCGCAGGAGAGUGUCGUGAGGGGAAGCGAAGCCGUGGCGGACGGGGCCUUCACCAUCGAACUGGCCUCCUAUCCGAUUCCCCAGUUUAAUGAAUACUUCACCGGCCUGCACCCGUACAACAACACCAGGAACCCAUGGUUCAGAGAGUUCUGGGAAAACCAGUUCCAGUGCAGCCUCCAUGACCUGGGCUGUGGGAAACACUCACUCCACGAGGCUCCGUUUCAGCCAGAAUCCAAGAUCAUGUUCGUGGUGAAUGCUGUCUAUGCAAUGGCGACUGCCUUGCAUAACAUGAGGCAAGCCUUGUGUCCCAACUCCACCAAGGUGUGUGAUGCUCUGAAACCUGGCAAUGGUCGAAAGUUUUACAGGGACUACAUUCUCAAGGUCAAGUUUGAUGCUCCAUUUCGUCCCCCUGACACUGAGAAUGUCGUCCGUUUUGAUGCCUUUGGAGACAGCCUUGGUCGUUACAACAUUUUCCACUACCACAAAGAGGGCGAGCGUUACGUCUACCACAAAGUCGGCUACUGGGCUCAGAGCCUGACCUUGAACACCAGCCUGAUCCCCUGGGCCAACCAGGUUGUCCCCACCUCCCAGUGUAGCGAUCCCUGCAGGAAGAACGAGGUGAAAAGCAUGCAGCCCGGUGACGUGUGCUGCUGGAUCUGUAUCCCCUGCCAGCCCUACCAGUACCUGCACGACGAGUUCACCUGCGCUGACUGCAGCUUCGGACAGUGGCCUCUGGCCAACCUGACAGGUUGCUACGACCUGCCAGAGGAGUACAUCCGCUGGGAGGAUGCCUGGGCCAUCGGACCGGUCACCAUCUCCUGUCUGGGGAUGAUGUGCACGCUCUUCGUCAUCGGCCUGUUCCUGAAGCACAACGAAACGCCUGUUGUGAAGGCCAGCGGACGCGAGCUCUCCUACAUUCUCCUGCUGGGAGUGCUGAUGUGCUACAGCAUGACAUUCAUUUACAUCGCCAAACCCUCCACGGCUGUGUGUACUCUGCGUCGGCUGGGUCUGGGCACUUCUUUUGCUGUUUGCUACUCAGCCCUCUUAACCAAGACCAAUCGCAUCGCCCGGAUCUUCAGCGGAGUGAAAGACGGAGCCCAGAGGCCCCGAUUUAUCAGCCCAGCCUCUCAGGUUGCCAUCUGUGGCGCUCUGAUCUCCUGCCAGCUGGUAGUCGUGGUGGUCUGGCUACUGGUUGAGGCCCCCGGGGUGAGAAAGGAAGUGAGCCCGGAGAGGAGAGAUGUGGUCACCCUCAAGUGUAACAGCAAAGACUCCAGCAUGCUCGUGUCGCUCACUUACAACUGCAUCCUCAUCAUCCUCUGCACGGUUUACGCCUUCAAGACCCGCAAAUGCCCUGAAAACUUCAACGAGGCCAAGUUCAUCGGGUUCACCAUGUACACCACCUGCAUCAUCUGGCUGGCCUUCCAGCCUAUUUUCUACGUUACCGCCAGCGACUACAGGGUGCAAACCACAACCAUGUGCAUCUCUGUCAGUCUCAGUGGGUCCGUGGUUCUGGGCUGCCUCUUUGCUCCGAAGAUCCACAUCAUCCUGUUCCAGCCUCAGAAGAAUGUCAGCACUCUGAGGGUGGCCACCACUCGCUUCAGCGUCACCACCGGCCAGGGCUCCAGUUUUUCUCAAGCAUCGGCCUCCAACGUUGUUCCAACAGUGUGUAACGGACGAGAGGUGGUGGACUCCACAACAUCCUCCUUGUGAAAGAUUGGCUGAAUUGCUUUGUUAAGCAUUGUAAACAGUUAUUUAUCACUAGUCCUGAAUCAGGUGUCUCAGAUAUCGCAGAGGUCACACAGACGAUCGUCCUGACUUUGUUGUCCUCAAAGUGCUGUGAGUACAAUGUCCCAAUUAUUUCAUUUUGUUCUUUGACUCGUAGCAAUUUAAAAUGAGAUGCCAAUAAAGUUGCAUAUAGCCCUUGUUUUUGAAGAUUCUCUAGCAACAAUGGAGUAAAUUAUAGUAAAUCUGUUAAAUGUAAUAUAUACAAGACGUUUUUAAUGUAGAUUCUGGUGAACCAGUUUGUGCUUUCUUGUAAUUUAUGUAAAUAAAAUGUGUUUUUUAUUAAUACUAAAA